GGAGCCGCUGUGUGCGACUGGGCAGUGCCUCGCCUUUCUGAAGCCGAAAGGGGAGCCUGCAGGGUGCUGGGGUGUGGAGGUGGCGGCCUUGCACUGUCCUCAGUAUGCAGCGGUUACUCUUUCCGCCCUUGAAGGCCUUGAUGGGGAGCCCGUGUCUCCGACUCCUGGUUCCCAGGGCAGCGCCUAGAACGCAGUGUGGCUGCAGCUGUGGAAUCAGGAGCCUCUUGAGGCCAGGGCAAUACAGCACAAUCUCUGAAGUAGCUUUACAAUCUGGAAGGGGUACAGUAUCCCUUCCCUCACAGGCUGCUGAGCGGGUGGUGGGCCGAUGGCUCUUGGUCUGCAGUGGAACAGUGGCUGGAGCAGUUAUUCUUGGUGGAGUAACGAGGUUGACAGAAUCUGGGCUCUCAAUGGUAGACUGGCAUUUAAUAAAGGAGAUGAAGCCACCUACAAGCCAAGAUGAAUGGGAAGCAGAAUUCCAAAAAUACCAGCAAUUUCCAGAAUUUAAAAUCUUGAAUCAUGAUAUGACAUUGGCAGAAUUCAAGUUCAUUUGGUAUAUGGAGUACUCACACCGAAUGUGGGGUCGCCUUGUAGGCCUUGCAUACAUCCUGCCUGCAGCCUACUUCUGGAGAAAGGGCUGGCUCAGCCGCAGCAUGAAAGGCCGUGUUCUUGCCCUCUGUGGCCUGGUGUGCUUCCAGGGUCUUUUGGGGUGGUACAUGGUGAAAAGUGGAUUAGAAGAAAAACCAGAUUCUCAUGACAUCCCUCGGGUCAGUCAGUACCGCCUCGCUGCCCACCUAGGAUCAGCCCUUGUUCUUUAUUGUGCCAGCUUGUGGACCUCGCUCUCACUGCUGCUUCCUCAGCACAAGUUGCCUGAAACCCGCCAGCUCCUGUGGCUGAGACGAUUUGCUCACGGAACCACGGGCCUAGUGUUCCUCACAGCUCUCUCAGGGGCUUUUGUGGCAGGACUGGAUGCUGGACUUGUUUAUAACUCCUUCCCCAAGAUGGGAGAAUCUUGGAUCCCAGAGGACCUCUUUACCUUCUCCCCCACCCUGAGGAAUGUUUUUGAGAAUCCCACCAUGGUGCAGUUUGAUCACCGGAUUCUGGGAAUCACUUCAGUCACUGCCGUUACAGCGCUCUACUUCCUGUCCCGGAGAAUUCCCCUCCCUCGAAGGACCAAGAUGGCCGCAGUGACUCUGCUGGCUGUGGCGUAUACACAGGUGGCCUUGGGCAUUAGCACUCUGCUGAUGUACGUUCCAACUCCUUUGGCUGCCACUCACCAGUCAGGCUCCUUGGCUCUGCUCAGUGUUGCCCUCUGGCUCAUGAAUGAACUCCGAAGAGUCCCAAAAUAAUUCUAAGAGGACCAGCUGCGUAGGACUGAAAUUGCUUUAGAGAGCUCCUAAGAGCACAAGAACUUGGAUUUUGCUGAGGAUUACCUUGGCAUAUCCUGUGGUUUCCAAAUUGGUCAAGUUUUAAAAAUUCUUUGCCUGUUUCUGAAAGUCACUGGAUCAAGCCCUGGCCAGUUUGGCUCAGCAAUUAGAGCAUCAGCCUGUGGACUGAAGGGU